UAUUUAUGACGUAAACAAAUAAAGAUUCACCCUUUUCUAAUCUAUUCAACAAAAGAGAAAGCUUCUAACACAAUCACUUUUCCUACCGAACUCAUGGAAUCCAAGCUAGGGAAAAUCGUCAGCAUCGCCAUUCCUAUUUUCAUGCAUGCCCUUGGAAUAAGUGUUGUAAAUGUCUUUGCCGAUAAAGGCAAAAUGUCCGAAUCGAUGCUACCGGAUGUUGCUUCGUUGAUGUUUGUUACGGCAACCAGCAUGAUUGUUACGGCAUGGUUGGAGAAAAACGCCCCUCGUCUCUUGGGUGGAAACGGCGCAGAGGAAGAUUCGUUGCUCGUUCUCGUGAUUGGGGUUCUUUCUAAUUUAGCAUUUUGCGAUUUAUCGCUACGAGUGAUAUGGAUUCCUGUUCAGUACUUUCUACGCUAUUUGAAGGAUCAGCAAAUCCUGGUCUACAUAAUCCGGUGGAUGUUUUUCUACUUUCGCUACAUCCGAUUCACGCGAAACAUUCUCGUUACCUGGAUUAAAGCUUCUAAAACCGAUGCUGGUUUCCUGCUAAUGCGUAAUCUGGUGGCCUCACUGUACCUACUGAAAACACUGCUAGCUCUUGGUAUCUUUUCUGGUAUCAAAACUUUGCGCACUCCACGAAAAAAAUAGACAGGUCCUAUCCAUGCGUUGUUAACCGUACGAGCGAUGAGCAGCAGAAUUGCGCUGUUUCUAGCACUACUUCUCCAUGCUGGGCUCAAAAUUCUUGUAUUUAUGGAACCGCCGAGCGAAUGCUGUACUCUCCGACUCAACGCAAGAAGUAUACUCUUUCUAAGUACAGUCGUAAUGUAUCUGUCGCGCACAAAAGUGUUCCCUCAACGAUACCGCAAGGUUCCACUAUCAGCUCAAGCUGUGGUGGAGUUUUUCUUUUUCUUGCUAUCGAUAGAAGUUGCCAUGAUUGCUGGCUGGUGCCGUAUAGAAGCGUUGGUGUUCAAAAUUUUCGAAUGUAUGUCUUCGGGACAGCAAUCUUUGCUGUACGCCGAUAUGGGCGGAGAAAGCUUGGUAGAGUUUGUAGUGACGUUGCUCACUUUUGUGGCAUUUGUGAUAACGGCUUCGGCAACCGGAUAUGUGGACACUGUUUCAGUUAUAUAUCGAAAAGCUACAUCUAAGCUGGCAGAAUUAGGAGAUAAAUUUCGACGUGGAAGAGAGGGUGAAAUUUGCUACGUUUGCUGUCCGCCACCGCCGGUCGAUGAAAUUGCUGAUGUUACUGAAGUAAGGACACCUAGGCGAACCACCAGGCGACAAAGAAGCAGAGACAGCACGGGAUACGGUAGCUAUCUUGACAUUCAUGGAAGAUCGACUUCCUCAAGGAGAUCAUCUAGCCGAAGAAGGAGGUGAUUCGGCAAAAAUUGUACUGCAU